AUGUGUGGUAUUUGUUGUGUUGUCACUUUAUGUAGCCAACAUGCCGUUCAUGACUUCCUUAAUGAAGACACGCUCUGCUGCCUUAGAAGAAGAGGACCAGACAGCAGCCAACAACUGAUAAAAACUGUGUCUGAACCCUUUUAUGAGUGUCUUUUUUCUGGCCAUGUGCUUCACUUGAGGGGACCAGUGACAGCUCAGCCUCUGGAAGAUGCCAGUAAUAAUGUUCUUCUUUGGAAUGGAGAAAUUUUCAAUGGAGUGCAUGUAGGAGAUGUAGAGAAUGACACUGAGGUGAUGUUUCAUCAUCUUGCAUUAUGCAGUAGUGAAGCAGACAUUUUAUCACUCUUCUCAUUGCUUCGGGGUCCCUGGUCUUUCAUUUAUUACCAAGCAUCUAGACAUGCUUUGUGGUUUGGUAGAGACUAUUUUGGUCGUCGUAGCUUGCUGUGGCAGUUCAGCGGUGAGGCUGACAGUACUCUCUGUCUCGCUUCUGUCGCUGUUCAGGCUGAGUCAGGUAACCAGUGGCAGGAAGUCCCAGCAUCUGGAAUUUUCAAAAUUGAUCUCAAAGCUUAUGCAACAACUAAAUGUUUGUGUUUAACACUGUUUCCCUGGAAAUACAGCUGUACAGAGAAAGCAGCACCAGAAGGAGUCAUUAAUGUUUUGGACCAAGUUUCAAAAGACUUACCAGACCACAUACAUCUUGUGAUGAAGGAAUCAAAACUGUUUCUCACAGCACCUGUUAUCCCCUUGAAUAAAACAGCUUGUGGAGCUUCAGGUGAAUGUCCAGACACUGAUGGCAGCAACAUUCCCCAUGUGGUUUCUGUAGAAACCCUUCAAGGAUUUCUUGCAGAGGAACAAAAGAGAAAGUUAGUCCAUCAGUUUACUGCUGUGCUGAGUGAAGCAGUGAAGAGGCGGGUUUUGUCUCUUGUUAGAGAGAGAGAUGGAAACACCAGAGAGCUUCCAAGCAUAUCUGGCAGGAAGGCACAUGUUGCGGUGCUCUUUUCUGGUGGGAUUGAUUCCAUGGUGGUUGCAGCCCUUGCUGAUAAACAUGUGCCUGCAGGGGAGCCAAUUGAUCUUCUCAAUGUGGCUUUCACGGCCAAACAACAAACUAAGCAAAAAGGUCCCACUAAAAACCAUGCCAGCCAGGAAGUACAGCUCAGUUUGGUUUGUCCUCAAGAAGGUUGUCAAGAUCUUGACUCUGGUGCUCACCUGUCUUGCUUUGAUGUUCCUGACAGAAUCACUGGUAGGGCUGGACUGAAAGAAUUGAAAGCCAUUAACCCUUCAAGAACCUGGAACUUUGUGGAAAUCAAUGUUACCCUGGAGGAACUGAAAAAAAUGAGACAAGAACGCAUUCAUGACUUGAUUUAUCCACUGGAUACAGUCUUAGAUGACAGCAUUGGCUGUGCAAUAUGGUUUGCUUCCAGGGGAGAGGGCUUUGUUAGUAACCAAGGAGAGCUGAAGCCAUAUAAAAGUCCUGCAAAGGUUGUGCUUUCAGGAAUUGGAGCAGAUGAGCAGCUUGCUGGUUAUUCUCGGCACCGUGUUUGCUUCAAGAAAUAUGGCUUGGAGGGUCUGAAUAAAGAGCUUGAAAUGGAGUUGGAUCGCAUUUCUUCCAGGAAUCUUGGCAGAGAUGACAGGAUUAUUGGUGAUCAUGGAAAAGAAGCCAGGUUUCCUUUUCUUGAUGAAGAUGUGGUCUCAUUCCUCAGUUCCCUGCCCGUCUCAGAAAAAGCUGACUUGACUUUACCUCGAGGAGUCGGCGAGAAGCUGAUUCUGCGCCUGGCAGCCAAGGAGCUUGGCCUUACAGCCUCCACCGUUCUGCCCAAGAGGGCUGUGCAGUUUGGAUCUCGGAUUGCAAAACUAGAGAACAGCAGAGAAAAAGCUGCUGACACCUGCAGCAGACUGAAGUUGUUGUCGGUAGGUGAAUUAUAAAGGCCACAUCUUGAGAUGCUGCACUUACUUUAUAUGCAAA